CAUGGGAGGAGAAGAUAGCAAAGGAGCAAGAACAAAACAUAGAUAAAAGAGACGGGAAAACCCCGGCAACUGUCCCCUCUGCCCUCUCCCCUCGCCGGACAAUGCAGGGGGCCAGGCUGGCAUCCCCAUUCAUCUCAUCAGUCGUCACGGCCGGCAUCGCACGUGGCUGCCAGGACCCGACGUUGACCACCCUAAAGUCGUCCCAUACAAUACUACGUUGUUUACCAUGCACAUAGUAUUUGCUGGGGUACAUGAUGCGACGAAGGGACCGAGCCACGCUGUGCCUCGUAUAUCGUCAUGGACCUCGACAAACCGAGCAACCGCGGGAUUCGAGUGUCCGGUUUUGUGGUUCUUGUGACCUCAGGGGCGAGUCUAAGACAUGGUUACGUUACGGCUUUUCGGGUCAAGCCCCCCCUACAGCGACUGAGCCCCUUUUCUGCACAUGUACUCGCAAAAACUUCAUCUCCCAUGUGCAGAUUAUGCCCCGGCGCACGGUCAUGCCUCCUCGAGUCCUGCGUAGUAAGCAAAGCAAAGCAAAACAAAGCAAAGGCUCGUGGUCGUUAUCCCCAAGCGCCUCGUCAGUCGUCUUGAAAAAAGCGAAUCCACGCGAAAGAUGUUCCCAACCGGACAUGGUCCUUUUGACGAACAAAACUGGUCUCCUAGGUAGCCCACAUAGGACAAGGUCUUGCAGAAUAGGUAUCAUCUCCGGAGGCGGGCUCUUCGAAUUGCCAAAGUGGAACACCGGGUAGAUGUCUGAUAAGCAGAUGAAGACGACAUCGACAUCUGUAGUCUUGGGGCGUAGCAAGAUCUGGGUCGGUACUGCAGGGCUAGCAGGGACCGAUCGCAACGUAGCCGGCAAAUAAGUACCUGUACAGUACACAGCAC